AUGUCUCUCGAUUGCUCAGCAUCUACUAACCUACCACGUCUUUCAAUCCCCAGUCAUUUCAGCGGACCCAGCGACUGGCUCGUUCUUAAACGCUACGUCCGGCGCGUUCGCCGGCUCAGACUUUCCGGCUACCCAGUCGUCAACGACAUAUGCAUCCCCGUCGAGGUCUUCCACAGCCUUGCGACCCAAUGCGACAAGCCCCUGUUCCCCAACCUACGUUAUCUUCGUGUCGGCUACCGCCAUGUCCACUCGCUCCUCCACCUGUUCCUCGGCCCUCAUUUGCGCACGCUUGAGCUCGCAACGAUGUUCCCUGACAAGCAGCACCUCAAUGUGACGUCCACCACCCUUGAUCGCAGCCCCUAUAUCACACACUUGUCAGUGUACAUGCCCCACCUGCAGAUGCCGGAGCUGAUGGCGCCACUGUUGUCACGGCUUAUCGAGAAACUGUCGAGGCUCGAGUUUUUGAGGCUUGGAUUGUCGGUUAUCAUUGACCUUUUGUCAGUGACGGUUUCUCUGCCCGCGCUCAAGACACUCGAGGUCCACAACCUACGGGAAGGCGAGGUCGUACCGACGAUUCGGCAGCCCGUGUUUGUGUUCCCCCAGCUAACGCACCUCAUCUUCCGCGAAACGACGCCGGUGAUCUGUGCAGAAUUCGUACGCCAUGCGUGCGAUUUUUCCAACGUUUCGGCACUCGAGGCGGAGCUAGAGGAGAACGGCGACUUUGGCGAGCACGACGAGAUGCUAGAGUUCACUCGGGCGCUCGCGUCUGCUCUCUGCGAGAAAACAGUGCGGAGUAUCCGCGUCCACCAGUCUUUCGGGUUCGCGCUUUCGGAUCCCCUGGAUGUCGACGCCCUCAGGCCUUUGUACGACUUCAGAAAAUUGACCAACCUUUGCCUGGAGCUCGAGCAGCGCCUCCAGCUCACCGACGCCGAUCUAGAACAGCUUUCGCUCGCGUUUCCUCGCUUGCAGAGUCUCGCCCUGCGCACACCUCCAACACCGAGCGAGCUCAUCGACGUCACCCUCGAAGGCCUCGCUGUGCUCUGCCACAACUGCAGUGAUCUAGGCGACCUAGCGAUCGCCUUCAACAUCGACUGCACCCGCAACACCUGUCGCAGCUCGGUUCCGCCCCGCCGUAGCGCUAACAGGAAUAUCACGACUCUGCAUGUGAUCUGCUCACCGGUGUCGGACGUCGACUUUGUCGCUCGUCGGCUGGCGCGGAUGUUCCCGUUGCUGACUGAGAUCAUUACGACGUAUGGGAUACAGCUCGAAGCAAUGGAGCAGCGGUAUAGGUGGAGGAGCGUUGAGGAUUUGCUGCCCAGGUAUCGCUCUGAAAUCGUUUGA